AUAACUCCCACUUUCUUUAUUCAUCCCCUGUUCGGUUUCUCCCUCAAAUUCCCCCAAAUUUCAACCAAAUUCAAUCGAAAUCCUAAACCCCAACCAAAUCAAAUCAAAACCCAUCACCAAUUUCCAUUUUUGCAACUGGGUUUCAGUCUAUGGGAUCUGGGUUAUCCUCUUUUCUCCUUAUGUGCAGUAACAGCACCUCCUCUGUUUCAUCGGUAUCACCGGAGUCAAAUCUCGGUGAUUUACCGGAAAGUGUGGUGGGUUCUGUUCUUGUCUACUUAAACCCACAAGAGAUCUGUAGAGUUGCGUCUGUUAAUCGAGCUUUUCGUCGUGCAUCAACUGCUGAAUUUGUGUGGGAAUCGAAAUUGCCGAAAAACUAUGAGUUGGUGCUUUCGAGGGUGUUUGAUUGUAAUGAGAUGGGUUUGAAUUGUUGUAAAAAGGAUAUUUAUGCGAAGCUGUGUGCACCCAAUUCGAUUGAUGGCGGCACGAAGAAAGUUUGGUUGGAUAAAGGCACAGGAAAAGCUUGUGUUUUGAUAUCUUCCAAUGGAUUAGCGAUAACUGGGAUUGACGAUCGUAGAUACUGGAGUUGGAUUUCUACAGAGGAAUCCAGAUUCUGUUCAGUUGCUUAUCUCCAACAAAUUUGGUGGUUUGAAGUCGAUGGUGAGGUCGAGUUUCCUUUUCCUUGUGGGACCUACACCCUCUACUUCCGCCUACAACUUGGGCGGUCAGGCAGGCGGUUUGGGCGGCGUGUCUGCAACUCCGACCAUGUUCAUGGUUGGGAUAUAAAACCUGUGAAAUUUCAGCUUUCAACUUCAGAUGGUCAAAAGGCGAUUACUCAAUGCUAUUUGACAAAUCUUGGAAAAUGGCAUCUUUAUCAAGCUGGUGAUUUCGUUGUGGAGGAUUCAAAGGUACCGAUGAAAGUCAAGUUUUCGAUGACGCAAAUCGAUUGCACACACACUAAAGGCGGGCUUUGUGUAGAUUCUGUGCUCAUACGCCCUAAAUGAAGAUUGACGAUCUUGUUUGAAGAGAUUUGAACGAGGUUAGAAGCAACUUUUUUAAUUUGCGAGUAACCUUUUGUGUUUGUAGAAUGCGUAAUGUAUGUAUGAUAUGCAUAGCGAGGCGAGAUUAAGAAUGAUUGAUUAGUAAUAUGUACAUUUUCAAAGUUGUUUUUAAUGAUGUAUAUAGGAUGUUUUUGGUUGUUUGUGCAAAACCCGAAACUUAGUUUGGA